GCACCUCUGCAGCCAGUUUCCCCUGUGCGCUCCAAUCACUGUCCAUGGAAAAGGGCUAAUUCAUAUUUUAAGCGAAGGAUUCCGUUUCAACAAGUCAUCAGAGAGUGGGAGAGCAAGAAAAGCACAAAAAAAAGAGAGCAAGAAGGAAUUUCAACAAGGAGGACAGGAGGAAGGAACUGAGAGACAGACAUCACCUCUUGCGAUCUACCCCUCAGUUAAAGGAGAGAGAGAACGAGAGGACAGGAGGGAAAGACGGAAGCCGCUGGGAUAUUCGUUUUUUUCUUUCGUUUUGUUUUUUUCUUUUUUCUCAUUGUGGUUCUUGGAGGCACAUCUUCUUUUCACCUGUUUGCGCUCUCUAUCAUAUGCCUCCUGAUUUAUUUCUCCAUCUACAUGGUGUACAAUUUUGUCUACUUAUGACACACAGUGGAGCAGGGAAAGAAGGGGAGAGGGGCUUUUUUCCGUUCUUUCCUUUCAUUCGCUUUCCUGUGGUCCUUGGUUCUGACUUUGCUCCGACUUCACUUCUCCAUCAGUCCCUCCUUCCCAUCUCCGGUCGGACCAUCCCUCUCUCCAUCCAUCCUGCCCCCCUCCAACAAAAAAACUCUGGCAUUCAAUGAAUGAAAGUUGGACAGAAUUCUUAAAAAAGAGCAACUACAGUCUACCACAUUCCUCUUCUUUUAGUUGUACCAUCCCUUCUUUUUCCCCUCUUUUCCGUUUUUCCUUCCCUUGGUCCUCCACUACCUGUCCUUUCACAUCACUCCUUUUUUUCCGGAUGCUUUAAAGUUCCUCUAGUGAUGCAAUAAGAAGCAGUGGAGGAUGCAGGUGGGGAUCUUCAGAGCGAUCUGACCGACAGCUAGAGACCUACACCGGUGAAGAUCUAAAUACAUAUCUGUUCUUCUUCAAAAAGAGUAUCAUUAUAAGAUACAAAGAAAGAAAGCAAAAGGACAGAAUUCACUGUCAGCUGCUUGCAAACUUUCAUUUAUCGGCUCACUAGAGUGUCGACUCGUCAUUUUUUUUCUUUCUUUCUUUUUGUUUGUUUUUUUAAGAAGAUGAUGCCACCAGAGACAUAAGCCUCAGGAGUGCUACCCAGAGCAUUUAAAUGCAUUUUUGUAUGUCGAUAUUUACUAAACAAGACAAACAUUUGUAGUUAAAUAUUUUAUUUAUUCUUUACUGGUCUGAUUUGUGAGUUAGGCAGAGCAGCUUUUUUCUUUGAUCAUUGGACUCAAAUAAUCUGGAUCUACAGUAAAGCCAAAUCAAUCCAGGGUCCAUCCAGAACCAUUUUUUUACACCAAUCCUUCCUUCCUUCCUUCCUUCCUUCCUUCCUGUGGUCACCCUUGUGCUGCUUUAUCCAUUUGUCAUCCCUCCAUCUGAGGCUAUGAGAGGAAGAGAGGAGACCCAGCUCAAACCAUCAUGCCAGAGUUGAGCAGAGAGGAUGGCAGUUGGGCUGGCAAUGUUCAAGGGACUGCGUCUUCACUUCACUGCCAUGCUUGUCAGCCUCAGCCUCUUUCCCUCCUUCCGCCGUACCCUCUCCACGCCCUCGGUCCUCCCUUCACCUUCCAGACUCUCUCUUCUGUUUUUUGUGCUCCUCCUGACGUUGCUCCUAUUCCCAGCUUGCGAGUCACGACGAGGCGGUGGAGGCAUGGCUGGGGGCGUGGCCACUGGCAACAUCAUUGGGCCUCCCCAUUACUCACCACCAAAUCCGGUGGCAUCAGUGCCCAAGUUGGCGCAGGGCCUUAGCAUUGCUGUGGUGCUUGUGGGCAACUCGAGUGAGGUGGUGCUGGCUGAAGGCCUGGAGAAGGAGGAUUUCCUGCAUGUACCGCUGGCACCCAAGCUCGACCUGGUCACCAUGAAUGAAACUGACCCAAAAAGCAUCAUCACGCGCAUAUGUGCGCUCAUGUCCCGCCACUGGCUCCAGGGUGUUGUGUUUGGAGAUGACACCGACCAUGAGGCCAUCGCCCAGAUCCUUGACUUCAUCUCAGCGCAGACCCACAUCCCAAUCCUGGGCAUCCGUGGAGGCUCCUCGAUGAUCAUGGCUGCCAAGGACGACAACUCCAUGUUCUUCCAGUUCGGGCCGUCUAUAGAGCAGCAGGCCUCUGUCAUGCUCAACAUCAUGGAGGAGUACGACUGGUACAUCUUCUCCAUCGUCACUACCUACUACCCCGGAUACCAGGACUUCGUCAACAGGAUCCGGAGUACCGUAGAGAAUAGCUUUGUGGGCUGGGAGCUGGAGGAGGUGUUGCUGCUCGAUAUGUCAGAGGACGAUGGCGACUCUAAGAUUCAGAACCAGAUGAAGAAGCUCCAGAGCCCCGUUAUACUGCUCUACUGCACUAAAGAAGAAGCCAGCACCAUUUUUGAGGUGGCGCAUUCUGUAGGCCUCACUGGAUACGGUUACACCUGGAUUGUACCAGCGCUGGUCGCGGGGGACGCCGAUAUUGUGCCCAAUGUCUAUCCUACAGGUCUGAUCUCAGUGUCUUAUGAUGAGUGGGACUAUGGACUGGAGGCCCGUGUGCGUGAUGCCGUGGCAAUCAUCGCCAUGGCAACCUCCACUAUGAUGUUGGACAGAGGUCCCCACACACUGCUGAAGUCAGGUUGCCACGGUGCACCUGAAAAGAAAGGCCCGAAGGGGGGGAAUCCCAACGAAGUCCUGAGAUACCUCAUGAACGUGACAUUCGAGGGGCGCAAUCUCUCCUUCAGCGAGGAUGGCUACCAAAUGCACCCUAAGCUGGUUAUUAUUUUGCUGGAUAAGCAGAGACAGUGGGACAGGGUGGGUAAGUGGGAGAAUGGUUCGCUGACCAUGAAGUACCAUGUGUGGCCACGCUUUGAGCUUUAUUCAGACGCAGAAGAAAGGGAUGAUGACCACCUGUCUAUCGUCACACUGGAGGAGGCCCCGUUUGUCAUCGUGGAGGAUGUGGACCCCCUCAGUGGCACCUGCAUGAGGAACACGGUUCCCUGCAGAAAACAGCUCAAAGCCCAAAACCAAACAGGAGAUUCAGGGAUCUAUAUCAAGCGCUGUUGCAAGGGCUUCUGCAUAGACAUCCUCAAAAAGAUCGCUAAAUCUGUGAAGUUCACCUACGACCUCUACCUAGUGACCAACGGGAAACACGGCAAGAAGAUCAAUGGCACGUGGAACGGCAUGGUGGGCGAGGUGGUGUUAAAGAACGCUCACAUGGCAGUAGGCUCUCUGACCAUCAACGAGGAGAGGUCAGAGGUCAUUGACUUCUCCGUUCCUUUCAUAGAGACGGGCAUUAGUGUCAUGGUCUCACGUAGCAAUGGCACCGUGUCUCCUUCUGCAUUUCUAGAGCCCUUCAGUGCUGAUGUGUGGGUGAUGAUGUUUGUGAUGCUGCUGAUCGUAUCUGCUGUGGCCGUCUUUGUCUUCGAGUACUUCAGUCCAGUCGGCUAUAACCGAUGUCUGGCGGAUGGACGAGAGCCAGGUGGUCCCUCGUUCACAAUUGGGAAGGCCAUAUGGCUGCUCUGGGGUCUAGUCUUCAACAACUCUGUGCCUGUACAAAACCCCAAAGGCACCACCAGUAAGAUAAUGGUAUCAGUGUGGGCCUUCUUCGCUGUCAUCUUCCUGGCCAGUUACACUGCCAACCUGGCUGCCUUCAUGAUCCAAGAGGAAUACGUUGACCAGGUGUCUGGCCUCAGCGAUAAGAAGUUCCAACGGCCAAAUGACUUUUCUCCGCCGUUUCGUUUUGGCACGGUUCCCAAUGGCAGCACGGAGAGGAACAUUAGGAAUAACUACAAAGAGAUGCACAGCUACAUGACCAGCUUCCACCAGAAAAAUGUAGACGAGGCCCUCCAUAGCCUGAAAUCUGGAAAAUUGGAUGCAUUUAUCUAUGAUGCUGCUGUGUUGAACUACAUGGCAGGCAGAGAUGAGGGCUGCAAGCUUGUGACAAUCGGUAGUGGUUAUAUCUUUGCUACUACAGGCUACGGUAUCGCCAUCCAGAAGGAUUCAGGGUGGAAGAGACCUGUGGACCUUGCCAUUCUGCAGCUGUUUGGAGAUGGUGAGAUGGAAGAGCUGGAGGCACUGUGGUUGACUGGGAUUUGUCACAAUGAGAAGAACGAGGUGAUGAGCAGCCAGCUGGAUGUAGACAACAUGGCUGGUGUCUUCUACAUGCUGGGAGCGGCCAUGGCGUUGUCGCUCAUCACCUUCAUAGCUGAGCACCUGUUCUACUGGCAGCUACGCUUCUGCUUUAUGGGCGUGUGUACGGGCAAGCCUGGCAUCACCUUCUCUAUUAGCAGGGGCAUCUACAGCUGCAUCCAUGGUGUUCAGAUCGAGGAGAACAAAUCAGGCCUCAACUCUCCGUCAGCCACCAUGAACAUGAACAUGAACAACACCCACUCCAACAUUCUUCGCUUGCUGCGCACAGCCAAAAACAUGACCUCUGUGCCUGGGGUCAAUGGCUCCCCCCACAGUGCCCUGGACUAUGGUCACCGUGAGUCAACUGUCUACGACAUCAGUGAGCAUCGACGCAGCCUGGCAGGGCACAGUGACUGCAAGCCCCCACCUCCAUAUCUGCCAGAAGAUAAUAUGUUCAGCGACUAUGUGAGUGAUGUGGAGAGGACUUUUGGGAACAUGCACCUGAAGGACAGUAACCUGUACCAGGAUCAUUACCUGCACCACCAUGGGGGCACGGGAUCCGGACUGGCUCUGGGUAUGUCGGGUCCCUUGCCUAACCGACCUCGUAGCUUAGGCAGUGCCAGCUCAUUGGAGGGAGGGAUGUACGAUUGUGACAGUUUAGGGGGAGGGGUAGCGCCUAUUUUCACCACCCAGCCCCGCCAGUCACUGACACACAGGAACAGGGAAAAGUUUGACUUGAUUGCAGGUCACCCCACCCAGUCGAGCUUCAAGUCUGGCCUGCCUGAUCUAUAUGGGAAGUUUUCCUUCAAAGGUGGGGCAUCCAGUUCAGGUUUUAUUGCGGGACAUGACAGGUACUGUGGGGGAGGAGGGGCGGGCUCGGGAGGGGACGACGGAAAUAUUCGUUCUGAUGUGUCCGAUAUUUCAACUCACACCGUGACAUAUGGGAAUCUUGAAGGCAAUGCUAAGCGACGCAAGCAGUACAGAGACAGCCUGAAAAAAAGACCAGCAUCUGCCAAGUCACGCAGAGAGCAGGAUGAAAUUGAGCUGGGCUUCCGGAGGCGCACCCACCACACCAUCCACCACCACCACCACCAUCAUCCUGUUACACAAGGGCACCGUUCAGCUACUCCACCUGUGGAACGAAAGAGCCUGAGAGGGGGCAACACUGCAUACAUGUUCCGUGACAAAGAUAAUCUGAGGGACUUCUACAUAGACCAGUUCCGAUCCAAGGAAGGGGCAUCCCAAUGGGAACACUUGGAUUUGAGUGACACUCCUGGAAUGGGUGGCGGAGGGGGUCUGGGUGGGGGCGGAUGUGGCGGCAUAGUCAGCAGUGGUGGUGGCGGGGGAGCGUGCACUAGUUUGGUUCCUGUGGACGAUUUCUUGAAAGGUAAAUCCAAGAAGACAGAGUGUAAGGGUGGAGUGGGAGGAUCUCCUGGGCAGCAGGGCCAUGCAUGCUGGGAAAAGAACAUUGGAGGGGUUGGGGGUUUGGCUGGAGGGGAUUGGGAAUGCCGUAACUGCCAUAGUGGAGGCAACAAGCCUGUUUGCAUGCAUGGGGGAGGAGGGGGUGUAGGGGGAUCAAGUGGAGGAGGUGGGAGUAGUGGACAAGCUUCCAGCCGGCCAAGCUCAGCUACUUGCAAGCGAUGCGAUUCAUGCAAGAAGCCAGGCAACUUAUAUGACAUCAGUGAGGACAACCACCUCCUCCUGGAUCAGAUAGGGAGCAAGUUCCCUCUGGAAGGUGGGAAGGGAGGUGGUGGAGGUGGAGGGGCCCAAACCCAGGUGCAGAGGCGUAAGUUUGGCCCAGGGGGCAGGGUGUUGCGUAGGCAGCAUUCCUAUGACACAUUUGUAGACCUGCAGAAAGAAGGGACGGGUAGGAUGGGAGGCUCUGGAGGGUUUGGAGGAGCAUCUAUGCUUCCUCAACCCCGGAGUGUGAGCCUGAAAGACAAAGAUCGCUACAUGGAAGGUGCAAGCCCAUAUGCCCAAAUGUUUGAGCGGUACAUGGGAGGGGAGCGGGAGACUACGUUUAUUAGUGGUGGGGACCGGGGGAAAGGAGGUGGCUCUUCGUUUAAUUUAUUCCGUGGGGGUGAGGGUGGGUUGCACCGUCGCUCAGUAGGCGAAAAAGACAUGAGGGACAGGGAUAGAGGCAUGAUGGGAGGAGGUAUGGGAGGUACCCGAGGGGUUGGGACUUACUCCUUGUCUAAAUCUCUCUACCCAGAUAAGGUGAACCAGAACCCAUUCAUCCCAACCUUCGGCGAUGACCAGUGCCUAUUACAUGGCGCCAAAUCGUACUACGUCAAAAAGCAGCAGGCACAGCCGCAGCAGCAACAGACGCAACAGCAGCAACAGCUCCUCAACAACAACAACCGGGCAGACUUCCGCGGCUCCAUGGGGGUGACUUCUUAUUUGCCAGCCUCUGCCUCUGCCGGGGUUUUGUCCAACGUGGGACCCCGUUUUCCCAAGGAGCUGUGCCUGGGUGGGCCCCUUAGCAACCACCAUGGAGGGGCAGCAGGCAACAACAAGCUGCUGUCAGCAAGGGACGGGUUAGGGAUGGGGCAAGGACAGAGACCUUUCAAUGGCUCAAGUAACGGACAUGUAUAUGAGAAGCUCUCCAGCAUUGAAUCCGAUGUCUGAUGUUUAAGGGAAAGUGAGAGACAGAGGCAGAAAGAGAGAAAUGGAAGGAGAUAAAUGGAAAUUCAAACACAAAAAGGCAGCAGACUAAGGUAAUGACCAACAGAUUGUGUCUACUUUGUAAUCUUGCUUUCAAAAUCAAGAAAGCAAUCAAGAAGAACUGACCUAUGCUUGACAUAUGCGGACAUAGCACUGUUGGAUCACUGUAAAUAGAAAGAAGGGACAUGCUGACAAGACAAAAGCUCAGACAAGAUAGUCACAACCUCAGUAUAUCCCUCAAUUUUAUCCACUCUUCUUUUUAUUAUCCCUUCUAUUUUUCUGCUCCUUAUACCAAAACACAAUGUCUGAUUCAGCUUAGGUGCAGAUACAUGGUACAAUCGUGAAGAGAAAUCAGUUAUUGUCUAGAAACAACAGGGUAAACCUUACAAUAAUUGUAUUGAUGAUGUUAACAAUAAUAUUAUUAGAUAUGAUUAUAAUGUUUAUGAUAUUCAGUUUGGGAUUGAUUUCUGUAUGUUAUAUGCUGUAAUAUCUUUGUACUCUGCUUACAAUUCUUUGUUAGCAUACUACUUUGGAGAGAAUUCUUAUUUCAUCAUGGGUUGUCAUUUGAUCCUAUGUCAACUGAGCUUGCAUUGUCUUACAUCACCAUGCCAUUAUGCCCUGAUCUGGAAAUCCAGGACCGCCAGGGACAAUGCCGUGCUGGAAAAAAUGUAGACACACUUGUUUUCCUUUAAGCUUUACUUACUAUUAAUUAUUCAUGUUUAUUUCAUUUAUUGAGUGCUGUAAUAUUAUAUGUAAAAGGCAUGAUUUGCAAAGUACUUCAGUUGUACUCGAGAUAUUGUGCUGAAAGACAAUUAUUAUGAUCUCUUUUUAUGGCUUUACAAUUUUUAUAAUGUUGCAUUAAUGUCAGUAGAGCGUUGGUUUAGUACACAGCACAUUACGUGCCUUAGCAAGAGUCCCAGAAAUCUAAUUAUACAGGUCAAGUUGCUUUGGCAACCUUCUGGUCACUGCACACAGGUUGGUCAUUGAAUGAAUAUCCAUGAUUCUGGAUUGUCACCUGUGAUAAAGACACCUGAUAUGGAAACACAAUGUCCAAUUACGUGCAGAGACACAACACAAUCAUAAAUUGUAUGAUUGUGCUGCAUGGAUGUAAAUUCAGAUUUAUUGUUUCACAAAAUUAGUUUUGAACUGAAUUUGCACAGCUCUUUUAAAACCUGUUCUGUUGAUAAUAAUAAUUGCAUUAAUUAGUGCAUUUAUUAAAUUCAAUCAGACAAGAGAAAUUCCUGGGAUGUCUUCUAUAUUUGAAUUGAGCUGCAGGGUGUUAAGUUCAAAUACUGUACAAAACAAACAUUAAUCAAUUAGUUUCAAAUCUAAUAAUUUUUCCACACUUGGUUUUGAAUUCAUUUUCCCUGUUCUUUUUGUGCACCCUUAGCCAGAAUGAGAGGGGUGUUACAGGAUAUUAUGAAAGAGCUUCGCCUUGACAUCUGCUUGUAUUUUAUAAGUGUAAAUAUUCCCUUUUUUCCACAGUGUACAGUGAGAAUACAACAGAUAUGUAACUUUAGAAAUGUGUUUUACUAAAUUAGGAAUAUUUGCACAAUUCCACCUGCCCAAAAAAUUAUGAAUUCGGAGAGAAUCGAAAUUAUAAUAAAUACAGAUGCUGUUUAAUUCUUUAUUAUCGGCUUAUUAACUUUUCACGGACAGCACUAGCAGAAUGGUCUUUAUUGCUUGCAUAACAGUUAAACAAGUGCUGUUCUGUUACCCGUCUUUUUUUUUUUUUUUAUUCCAAUGUUGCAGUGAAACGUAAACGAUAAAGACUUCUUUAUCAUUUUUUAUUUCCACCAAUGAACAUAGACACUUUAGUGGUGGUCCCAGAAAUCCAGUUCUUUUCCCAUGUACCUAUAUAGUUCUAUAUGAGUUUUUGUGUGUGAACUAUACAUUUUCUUUAAUCACAUUUUAUAAACAUACUAUCAGCCAAACGGAUCUCCAACUCAAGCACAAUGUUUAUAUUAAUAAUUGCUGUGUAAAUAUCUAUUUUGUGGACUUUAUGAAAACACCACUUUUAUUGCCACACUUAUUCAUUUUUUUGCUAAGUGUGAGAGUUUGUGAAACUGUGAGUACAUUGUGAGAUACAUGCAUGCAUCUUUCUUUCUAUUUUGCAUUCCAGCUUUUAGAUUAUGUAGAAUUCAAAGACCACGUUUAGUGUUUUUCUUUUUUGUGUAUAGAAAUGUGUCUUUUUUUUUCUUUACUUGUACCAGUUAGUGCCACAGGGUUCAGACUGAGUGUACGGUCUGGCAUGAUGGGAAAAUAUCGAAACUAUUGAGAAUGGACAUUUUGGUAUGUGUAUAAUCGAAAUGAAUUGAUGUUUGACAAAAGCCUUAUCAUGUCCUCAGUCUGAAAUUCUAAUCCACGUAACAGUGUGUGGGGUUCUAACUUAAGAACAAGUUUAUUUUCAUUCUUGUGUUCAUAGGGCUAAUUUUUGUACUGUAAGCGAUUAAAAUCUUAAUCUAUCAUUGCAGAAAAAAAACUAUUUGCAUGUCUGACCCUUGGCAAAAUGUGUUUUUCUUUUAUGCGUGGUCUUUUCUUCUUCCUGAAGGUACACUUUUCCUUGAGUCAAGUGUGUUCAUCAAAUGACAGAUAUUUUGCAGGUUCGGUGUACAAUUAUGCAGUGUGGCCACUUCUUCUGUCACUCUUGAUGUUUUAUGUGGGAUGGAUUUGGUAGCACAGGACAGAGAAAAUCUGUGUGUGUGUGGGUGAGCGUGGAAAACAGAGCGUCUAUCAGAAAGGAAGUCACAGGCUAACUCAUAAGAUAUAGGGUUACUAGUCCUAUGGAACACAAUGAAUAGGCUGUUAAAAUUCCUUGUUUUAGUUUGAAAUUGAGCUGGCAGGGAAAAGGGUUCGCCUUUGCUCUUCCUUAGAAACAGCUGCAGUUCUUCCUGUAACGUAGCCUAUAGUUUGGAUUCGCACCAAUUCACUGGAGGCUCUGUGAUAGCAGAGUUGUUCGCUGCAUGUAGGUGGAGAUCAUGAGAGACAAUGGCAGAAGUGUACAUGAGAGAGUGAAAGAUAGUAGCCUACAUUUCAUUUUUGCACUCUGUUAUCAUUUUCACUCAUGUAUAGAAUUCUUGGGAGUUGGCUGUUGCACAAAGAGCGUGCACGAUUGUUAUUGAGCGUAGGCAUAUCAGUACGUGUUUUCCAUUUGCUCCCAAAAUCCAUCCUCUUCUAUUGUAUGUCACAGGUAUUUGUAGAAUACAUGUGCCUGAAAUCAUGCUUGAUUACCUCUGUGUGUGGGUAUGUGUGAGACGCACUGCACAUGCGUUGAAGUUCUGCUGUAAAUAAAUAAGUCCCCUUUUCCAUAAUUUUUAAUAUAUGAGGAUACGGAUAAUAAGAUGGGGUAAUUUGGCAUACACUUUUGUUCGGAAGGUUUUAUAACCACCAUAGAAGUAUUACAACAUCAAGUGACCAAGGGUAGACCUGACAUUGAAAGAAUAAAAUGUACGCCUUUGUUGUCUUUCAUAUAAAUUGAUAUUUCUAAUUCUCUUUUUUCCUUGUUUUUUCAACAGUUAUUUUAAAUGUUACUGACAAACGACUUAUGUACAGAUUGUGUAAAUAUGACCAAAUGGUUUCUCUUAAUCCAUUUUUUUGUAUAGAGAGAGAUUACCUGUGUUUAAGAUUACAAUAAUAAUUUAACGGAAAAUUUCACAAUACUUAAGCUAUUGAGAAUACAGACACAGUAUGUGUGAAAUAUAAGUGCUAAGAUAUAUUCUUCUGUCUCUUUGUACAAAACAGUGUUGACAAUAAAUAAAAGGGAGAAAUCC